AUGCCGCGCUAUGGCUUCUCGAAUCGCUGGGCCGUCUCGCCCUUCAGCUCGCAGGAGGGCGUUCCCGACGUGACCUCGGAAGACUACAGCUACAUCACCUCGGCAGACCUGGAAGACCAUGGCAUCGAUGUUCCUCGGCCAUACGCACCUCACUCUCACGUCGUCGAACCGCACUUCGCCCCGCCUCAUUCUCACUUCGUCCCUCCUCACUCUCACGUCGACUCGCACCCGCAUUCGGCGCCGCCGCCGACCUACGGCCGACAUCAGCCUGAGGACGACGUCCUGCUGAUCAAACACAAGGCCAUCAACUACCCGGAGCAUUUUCCAGCGUAUUCCAUCGGCGACGGAAAGCUCUUGGUCAGCGACGUCCGUGAGCGUGUUAAGAUGAUCUUGGACCUCUCAGAUCGUCAGGCGGGAAGGAUCAAGCUUUACUACAAAGGGCGUCGGCUAAAGAAAGCCGACCUUCCGGUGCGCGAGUACGGUGUCAAGAAUAAUAGUGAGAUCCUGAUGGUCCCUGGAGAUUCAAGUCGUGGGAGCGGCAGUGAGACCAGCGAAGAGGUCGUGGGAGGCAGGCGAGACGACCGGGAACGGUACGAAACGCAGGGUAACUCGCCAAGAGUCGGCAGGUCAGGCAGGUGGGACGACCGGAGCCCGCGUGGCAGCGGGUCGCAAGUCGGUCUCGAUGUCCCGGUGGACGACAACAGAAGAAGAGCCACCUCGAGAGUUCGGACCCAGUCACCGGGAUCUGGAGUUUCUACCGCCAGUGCCCCUGCCGCCACCCCCGUCGGCAAGCCCGGAGGCCCCAUCGAGAAGCUGAACGGCAUCGCCGCAGACUUCAACACCAAAUGGCUACCCCUUUGCCUCGACUUCAUCGCCAGAACUCCGAGCGACCCGAAGAAACGCGUCGAUGAGCAUCGCAGGAUUUCCGAGAGCAUCAUGCAACAAACCCUGUUGAAGCUUGACGCGAUUGAAACUUCCACAGAAGAAGGCGCGCGGGCGAUAAGGAAAGCGUUGGUGGUCGAGGUGCAGGGCGUCUUGAACAAGAUGGAUGCUGCGAAGAAUGCAGCAUAG